AUUUACAAGACAACAAUUAUAAAUCUGGGUUUACUGCCUUUGUUUACAAUUGUCAAUUUGCUGGUUUUGAAAAUAAAAACCAUGCCGUUGUAACUUCUAAGUUGUCUUAGAAGAUAAAACCAGGUUUCUAAGGAACAAAACCCCUUGUUUGGUUUAGAAAACAGUGACAUAUCUUCCACCUCUACUGCAGUUUAAAGUGAUGUCUCAAGAGAGCAAUGGUCAGAAGCCAUCGGCUGCUCCUCCGUGUCCAUGGGGGGCUCCCUUGUCCUCAGCUCAGUGGGGUAGCCCGCUGCCCGGCGCUAACUCCAGCCCACAACCAUUGAUGUCUGGAGGAGGAUUGGGAAAUUCUUCUCAGAACACUCCAGCUCACUCUAACAACAGUCACCCGUACCAGCGACCAAGUCCACACAGAUCAUACCCUGACCGCAUGCAGAAUCCAUUAAACUCAAACAGCCCAAGAGGACAAUUUCACAAUAACAGGGGGCAGUACUCCAGUCCGCGUCACUUCCAGCCUAGGCCUCGAUACCAGUCAAGUCCUCUCGCUGGUCACACACCAGGAUCUCCGGGCUCAAUGAGACAGUCGUUCACCCCACAGAGGAACUAUCAGACUCCUUCUCCUGUUGGUUUCUCCCCUUCUCACCAGAGAUUUGGUUCUCGUGGAGGCUCAGGGAACAGAAGAAAUUUUAACAACACACCAGGGUCUUUUAAUGCAAGUCAAUACGUGAACCCGGGCAUGCUGGGCGACCCCUGGAAAGAUAUGCCCGCCACACCCAUGCUCAAGAGUUAUUAGCAUGGUGAUUUUAUGUAUGCAGAUAUCUAAUGAUUGUGGAAUACUGUACAUAAUAGUAUGAAAGGUGAUGGAUGAGUGGACAAUAAAUACAUUUAUAAAUUUUUUUUACCAUAA